UGGGAGGAAAAAGAGCAGGGGUGUUGGGCCUGACGGCGAGCGGAGGCUGCAGAAGGCUGGGCGGAGAGCUGGGGGCCCCGGGCGUCCGCGAUUCACGCCGCACUCCGGGAGGGGCCUGAGCGAGCGGGCGGGCGAGGAGGAGCGGCCGGAGAGCCCCGCGGGUCGGGACCAUGGGCUGCUUCUUCUCGAAGAGGCGGAAGGCUGAGAAGGAGCCGAAGAAGACCGAGGGCGGAGAGAAGCCACCGAAGCAGUACAGCUGGGACCAGCGCGAGAAGGUUGAUCCGAAAGACUACCUGCUGAGUGGCCUGAAGGAUGAAACAGUAGGCCGCUUACCUGGGAAAGUGGCAGGGCAACAGUUUCUCAUUCAAGACUGUGAGAACUGUAACAUCUAUAUUUUUGAUCACUCUGCUACAGUCACAAUUGAUGACUGUACUAACUGCGUAAUCUUUCUGGGACCCGUGAAAGGCAGUGUGUUUUUCCGAAAUUGCAGAGAUUGCCGAUGCGCAUUAGCCUGCCAGCAGUUUCGUGUGCGGGAUUGUAGAAAGCUGGAAGUCUUUUUGUGCUGCGCCACUCAACCCAUCAUUGAGUCUUCCACAAAUAUCAAAUUUGGCUGUUUUCAAUGGUACUACCCUGAAUUAGCUUUCCAGUUCAAAGAUGCAGGGCUAAGUAUCUUCAAUAAUACCUGGAGUAACGUUCAUGACUUUACACCUGUGUCAGGAGAACUCAACUGGAGCCUUCUUCCAGAAGAUGCUGUAGUUCAAGACCGUGUUCCUCUGCCUACCACCGAAGAGCUCAAGGCUGUCCGCAUUUCCACAGAAGCCAACAGAAGUAUCGUUCCAGUAUCCAGGGGUCAGAGACAGAAGAGCAGUGAUGAAUCAUGCUUAGUGGUAUUAUUUGCUGGCGAUUAUACUAUCGCAAAUGCCAGGAAACUAAUUGAUGAGAUGGUUAAUAAAGGCUUUUUCCUAGUUCAGACAAAGGAAGUGUCGAUGAAAGCUGAGGAUGCUCAGAGAGUUUUUCGGGAAAAAGCAGCUGACUUCCUUCCUCUUCUGAACAAAGGUCCUGUUAUUGCCUUGGAGUUUAAUGGAGACGGUGCUGUAGAAGGAUGUCAACUCAUUGUCAACGAGACAUUCAAUGGCACCAAGAUGUUCGUAUCGGAAAGCAAGGAGACAGCAUCUGCAGAUGUAGACAGCUUCUACAACUUUGCCGAUAUACAGAUGGGAAUAUGAAAUGCAGUGCGGAACCAAGAACUGGAUGUUAAGUCCUUUCCAAUUUGUGUAUUAGCAGUGGGUUUUACUAAUGCUAAAAUUGUUAAAGUUGACUUUUUAAUAAAUCAUUGAAUACUGCAUCAUCUACUUGACUUUCAAAAGUAGUUAAUUUUCAAUUAAGUAGUUUCAAUCAGCUUAAAAACUAUGUACCCCACUUCAGUAAGCUCGCAGUUUUGUUUCUCUGCAUAUGGUACUGUUAUUAGAAAACAAAAGUGGGUAACAGUUCAUGAUUUUAAUCCUAAUUAAAUGUUCUUUCAGAUCUCUAAUAAUUUAAACUUUCCUCAGUGCCCUGUGAUAUGUGUUUGAGAAUACAUUCCAUUGCUUAUUUUUUUUCUUUUUUAAUUUAGAGGGAUUUAUUACUAGUUGAUCAAUGAGAACAAACCUAUGCAUAUUUUUUUCAUAUAUACGUAUCCAGUUAAAUAAUUGCUUCCUAGGUGCAUAAUAUGGAGAAUGAAAUUUUGUACACAGAGUUGACAUAAUACUUUGUAAACUGAAUUUUUUAAAUUAAUAGGUAUUUGAUAACCAUUUUUACAAGUAACUCUACUAACUGAUGUUAGUAUAGCUGUUUAAAGACUACUUUGUGAGUAGAAUAAUUAUUUGAAUCAAUUCCACACCGUUUAGUUUUUGAAUACAGCUGCUAGAUGACUCUUCUGCUUCCUGGUAAGAAAAGGCAUAUGCAACACUAAAACUGUGAAAUUCCAAUCACCGGCAGUUUUCCAGAAGGUGAUUACCAUUUUAUCAGCUCUUGAGGGCUAUUAGGAGAAUUAGAACAAAAUCUUGUGACAUUUAGGUAAGAAAUACUUAGGCAUGAUGAUAAGCUAUGCAGGUUAUUAAAAAGCUAGAUAAAUUUGAUUUUCAUUAGACAUGCCACUCAUAUCAAAUAAUGUUCAAGUAUGAUAAAAUUAUUUUGUUGCUUUAAAGCAUUAUUUUCUAAAUCAACUUGACCAAAAUAAUUUACCAGGAGGCAGGGGAGAGCUAACUGUUUAAAAAUCCACAUUCUUGGACCCAAUCCCCAGAUGCACGGGUUCAGUCUCCAGGAGAAACUCUGUUUUAAGGGGUUUGUAGUAAUCUAAAGUAAUCAGGUCAGAAGAUGUUGAUAGGUUGAUCAUGUGAGAAGGGACUGAACCUGCCAUCCACAUCACAUAUAGCAGCUAAUAGAAAAUUAGCUUUCAUAGGUCUAUUUUUAAAACGAACCUUAAAUUUAAUUCUAUUUUAGUAAAACUAAGACUGAAAAUAGCCACCUGUAAAAAUUCUCCAUAUGAUUGUUACUAAAAAUGUAUUUUCAUGUUUAAACUGCUUUUAGAUAUUAACUACUACAUUGAAUUAUGUGUUGUUCAGACGUAAAACAUUAAAAGAAUUUUCACUUUAAAUUAGUAAGUAAUAUUGACUACCUAGCCUGUGCCUGGCCUUGUGCUAACUAUUUGCAUUGCAUCAUUUUAAUCUUUUUAUAAUAGCAUUCUAUACUAUAUAGUCAACCUCUCCUUUAAGUCAAAAUGAUUUAAUAAGAUGCAAAUAAAAAUUGGUGACAGGUUUAAUAUAAUGUCAAUCAUAAUUUACAAACGAGCUUUGCAAGUAGUGGUCAGAGGGCAUUAAUUUGUCCCACAGUUAAGUUGAAUUAAACAUAUUCCUUGUGAUCAUGAUUACAUUAUUAAACCUCAUUAUUUACAUUUAAAAUAAUCACAAUACUUUUUGUCUUUCAAACAUGUAAUACAAUGUCAUGCAAAGCUGUAAAUUGAGUUCUUUAUUUUAUCUAUGGUAUUUUAGCAAUAACUCAGGAAUAUAUAAGGGAGAUGUUAAUUUAAAAUUUCCCACUAAAUUUAGUAACUACUAAUCAAAGCCUAAAAUUGUAUAUUCUUCAGUUAGAUAAGAGCUUUUACCCAAGUUUAUUUUGUCUUUAAGGACAGUGAUUUGGCUUCUGAAUGUUUGAAAAGAUUUUUCAAAAUAAGUCGUGCUAUGGUGGUUGUUUCUAUAAUUAUAAACUUUGAUAGUAAUCAUGGUAUACAACAUUUCAUUUCUGAAUAGCUUUUGAAUUCGUGAAAAAUUAUUAGCAAUGAAAAAUUAGCAAUUUUCUUAAGUUAUACAUGUUUCAACAUUAGAUUAGAUUAUUUCUCUUGUGUUAAUAGGGCUGCUGUUUUUGCUUCUGUAUAUUUAUGUCUAGCUUUUAUAUGUAAUUUAGUGUUUAUAAAAUGUGAUUUGUAAUAAAUAUUGUUAAAACGAAA